UUCAUUAAAUUUAACCCAGUUAAGAAAUGCUAUAUUGACUCUUUAAAAGAGAAUCUGUUUACUGAAUCCUGAGACACAAAUUUGGAAGAACAGAGCAAAGUAGAGAAAAAAGCCACUUUUCUCUCUUUACUUCUAAAAUGCCAUUUUUCAGACCCUUUCUGUCACUAUAAGCCAUUGCUUUGAGUGAGGUUGUGAUUGAUCAUUAUGUAAACUAAACAGAUAGAUUGAACCGAUGGAGGGCGGUAUAAUCCAGGCUUAAAAUAAGGAAAAACAUGCUGAAUCGGUUUCCUUAUGCACGGAAAACAUGGAUGUGGGAGGGGAGAAAGGGGAUGAUGUCAAUGGUGUGAAUGCUGAGUCUAAUAAGGGUGGUGAUAAUAAUUGGAAUUUAAUUGAAAAUUUGACAGAGAUAGAGGUAGUUUCUAAUCAGGAUGAUGAUGGAGUUGCAGGGGGUAAGCCGUGUUUGGGGAUGGAAUUUGAGUCGGAGGAUGCAGGCAAGACAUUUUAUGAUGGAUAUGCUAGGCUGUUGGGUUUUAGCACUCAUGUUGGUCAGUUUACACGAGCGACGCCUGAUGGGCCAAUUGUAACAUGGGAUUUUGCAUGUUCAAGGGAGGUUUUUAAGAGGAAAAAUGUUGAAAGUUGUAAUGCCAUGUUUAGGAUAGAGAGAAAGGAUGGAGGGAAGUGGAUCGCAACAAAGUUUGUGGAGGAUCAUAAUCAUUCUAUGGUUACUCCUAGUAAGGUUCAUUACCUUAGACCUCGUAGGCAUUUUGCUGGAGCCACUAAGAAUGUUUCAGAAACAUUGGAUGCCACUGCUGAUGUUUAUGUUUCAUCAGAUGAAAAUCAUGCUUGUUAUGAAGCAACGAGGAUCAAGAAUGCCUCCUCUGUCAUGCCUAAUCGCCUUGGAAGGGGUAUGGGACCUUCAGGCUAUUUCAGACCUUCUAGCCAAAGGAGAACACUGGGGAGAGAUGCUCAAAAUCUCCUUAAUUAUUUCAAAAAGAUGCAGGCCGAAAACCCUGGCUUUUAUUAUGCUAUACAGCUUGAUGAUGAUAAUCGGAUGACUAAUGUUUUCUGGGCUGAUGCAAGAUCAAGGACAGCUUACAAUUACUUUGGAGACGCAGUUACUUUUGAUACAAUGUAUCGACCAAAUCAGUAUCAGAUCCCAUUCGCUCCUUUCACUGGCAUAAAUCAUCAUGGCCAGAUGGUGUUAUUUGGUUGUGCAUUACUUCUAGAUGAGUCUGAAUCUUCCUUUACUUGGCUAUUUAGGACGUGGUUAUCUGCGAUGAAUGAUCGACCCCCUGUUUCUAUUAUCACAGACCAAGAUAGAGCAAUAAAAGCAGCAGUUUCACAGGUUUUUCCAGAAACUCGCCACUGCAUUUGCAAGUGGCACAUCUUGAGGGAAGGACAAGAAAGGUUGGCACAUAUCUACCUUGCUCAUCCUUCCUUUUAUGGUGAGCUUUAUAGCUGCAUAAACUUUUCUGAGACAACGGAGGAUUUUGAGUCGUCAUGGGGAGCUCUCCUUGAUAAAUAUGAUCUACAUAAAAAUGAGUGGCUUCAGGCAGUAUAUAAUGCUCGUAAACAGUGGGCUCCUGUUUAUUUUCGUGGUACUUUCUUUGGUACUCUUUCUUCAAACCAAGGGGUUAGCUCCUUUUUCAAUGGGUACGUAAAUCAACAGACAACCAUACCCCUUUUUUUUAAGCAGUACGAAAGGGCUUUAGAACAUUCUCUAGAGAAGGAAAUAGAAGCAGAUUUUGAUACAAUCUGCACCACACCAGUGCCGAAAACACCAUCACCUAUGGAACAGCAAGCAGCAAAUUUCUACACAAAGAAAGUUUUCUCAAAGUUUCAGGAGGAGCUAGUUGAAACUUUUGUGUACACUGCAAACAAGAUUGAGGGCGAUGGCAUAGUCUGUAAAUACAGGGUUGCAAAAUAUGAACAUGAGCAUAAAGCAUACUUUGUUGCACUGAAUAUUUCGGAUAUGAAAGCAAGUUGUACCUGUCAGAUGUUUGAAUAUUCUGGCAUUCUUUGUAGACAUAUAUUGACAGUCUUCACUGUGACAAAUGUUCUUACUCUUCCAUCCCAUUACAUAUUAAAGCGCUGGACUAGAAGUGCCAAAUCUUGGGUUGGAUUGGAUGAGCAACAUGCUGAUCCUCAAGGUAUUGAGACACUAACCACACGCUUCAAUAACCUGUGUCAGGAAGCUUUAAAAUUGGCAGAAGAAGGAGCAAUGGCUCCAGAGACAUAUAAUGCAGCAAUCAAUGCUCUUAAGGAGGCUGGGAAAAAGAUUGCCUCUGUAAAGAAGAAUGUAGCUAAAGUCAGACCACCUAGCUCUCAUAAUAGUGGGAAUAAUCAUGAAGAUGGUUGCAAGAAAACCACUUCUCCUGUCUCCAAAAUGAUCCCAUCUUUGUGGCCAUGGCAAGAUGCAGUACCACCUCAUUUUAAUCUUAAUGAUGUUGGGGCCCCACUUACUGACUUGAAUCAACCUAGCAUGGUGCCUGUAUCUCUUCAUCGUGAUACUGGUCACCCUGAUAGCACGGUGGUUCUCACAUGUUUUAAGUCCAUGACUUGGGUUAUAGAAAAUAAAAAUGCAAUGGAAGCUGGAAAAGUAGCUGUCAUAAACUUGAAGCUGCAUGACUAUGGCAAGAAUCCUUUAGGAGAGACAGAAGUGCAGUUUAGGCUCACAAGGGUUACUCUGGAACCAAUGUUGCGAUCGAUGGCUUACAUUAGUCAACAGCUAUCAACACCACUAAAUCGAGUUGCUGUCAUAAAUUUGAAGCUCCAAGAUACCAAGACAACUUCUGGAGAAACAGAAGUAAAAUUUCAAGUGUCAAAAGAUACUUUGGGUUCUAUGUUAAGAUCAAUGGCAUAUAUACGUGAGCAACUUUGACAGUUGUGUUCUUCAUUCAAAUGACAAACUCUUCAAGAAGAUGGUUAAGCUCCAUUGCAGGGCGCAUAGCUGUAUCCGAGCUCUCCAUGUGUGGAACACUUGUACUUCAUUCGCCGCUGCCGAUAAGUGACUUUUAGUCUAAUUAAAGUGGUAUACUAUGUUACUGUUUGACAUAAUCUGAUUAGAUAUAGUCAGAUAUGAUCAUUUUGGUGACACCAACUGCAUAUGGUUUAGUCUUAGGUAACUGUCAUUCAUAUCUGUUUAAGCUCUUAGCUACACUGGUUCUGCGUGGUUAUUUGUUGGAAACACUCAUUUAUUAAUUUAAACCGUGAAUGAACAGUGUGUUUGUGUGUACUUUUUUUUAGAAAGAA